AUGGACAAUCAAGGUGGCCGGCCCACCGGUCUCAACCAGCAAAUCUUCCAAAUGCCAGGCGGACAGACCAGGUCACAAAAUGGUCUUCCAACCCACCCUUCGGACCUGACGCAGGCCGACCAGCAGAAGGUGAUGGAGCUCGCGCAAAAAUUGGCCGCAUCCUGCCCCGAGCCUCAAAAGAACCACUAUCGCACCCUCGUCCAGACGCGCUUCGCCCAGCGCGCACAGGAGGACACUGCCCAGGGCAAAGACCCUGUGCUUAUUUGGUUUCAACACCAGGCCUUCCAGGGGCUCACCAAGAACAUUGCGAUGCAGAGGCAGCAACGACAACUGAAAGACAAUAUGCCUCCAAAUAUGAACCCGCAGGCACAGGCCACCAUGCAGGCUAGCCGAGAGCAGAUAAGCCCUGCUAUGAUGGAAACGGCUAUUAUACCGGGUGCAAAUGGUAAUUAUGGCCAGUUCAACACAAUUGAGAGCACCAACCAGCAGAAAGUCGGGAUAUUAGCCCAAGAACAAGGUCAGACAGUAGUGUCUACCAGUAACGAUCCAGCUCUUAGCGCGUCGCCGCAUCCUGUUACCAAAGGACAAGGUCAAGAAAUGCCCAUGCAAGAAGUCCAUCCUCAUCAUAAUGAGAUAAAGCAAAAGCAGAUGGCAACCGCUAUGGCGAGGUUGACGAACAUGCGACAGACCCAAGAGCUGCUGUUGAAGCUCCCUUCGACAUUUCGACUAAACACCAUGAGCUCUUCUCUCUCAGCCCAUCACACUAUCUCCAAAGAUUUCACAGGUGGUGAAGAUGCACGAAAUGCUUCCCUGUUCGCUGAUCUAGGCGCUAGAUUAAACGGCUGUCCUCAGGCAAGCAGUAGAAACAAGCCUAAGAUGUAG